AUGCGUUCCCUCCUUCCCCUCGUCGUCCUUCCACUCCUAGCCCUCGCGGCCCCACCAACUUCUCCAACAAUAACGCGGCUCGUUUUCUCGGGCUCAGGAUGUCCUAAUGACUCUGGUUCCGUGAAGUCUGACACCGCAACCCUCGGUGACAGCGCCGGCGUCUCCUUCACGCAACUCAAAGGCGACACAACAGAUAACUGUGCUGUACACAUUCAGUCAGCUGGAGCGAGCGAAGGCUGGCAAGUUGCGGUUCGACAAGUGGACUACGUGGGCGAUGUGAAUUUGAAGGGAAACAGCGGACUGGAUACAUAUACCCAGGUCUUCUGGAGUGAAAAUGCUGGAAAUACUGGCGUGCUCACAGGUGGUCUCGCAUGUGCUGGCCCAGAGAUCAAAGACUACAUUACUGUGCGGAGCAGCACCGCGGAUCUGAAGUGGUCAAAGUGUACUGGCGCAGAUGGCAAUCCUGGUAUCUUGAACGUCAACUUUAGGCCAGUCGUUCAGGGGGACUUUGCGGCGCAAGAUACUUUCGCGACCUUUGUCAAGGACGAAGCCUUCUUCGCUCUCAACUUUUACCUAGCAUGCAACAGCAACAUCGAAGCUUGUGCGCCCAUCCGCCAGAACCAUGCAUCUUUCCAACUCGAGCUGAACCAGCUGGAAAGCAGUCUUGAUACGUCGAAGCCAGCGUACAUCGUUCUCCGCCGCGGUGGCUCGCUCACGUUCAUCACAUACGUGCCAUAUCGCGCGAAGGAUACCGUGCGAGACUUCUUCCUCAAUUACAGACACGAUAUUGUACGACAACUUGGCCCAUCGCACAUCUCAAGCUCGAUAAUAUGUAAAGAGAUCGCAGAGAUUACAGACGCUCGAUCGUGGGCAGAGCGAGAUGCAGCUGCUACCCUGAUAGACGACAUAAGCAUUCAAGGCAAUAAUGUAGAGUCGUGUACGAGCGCCGCGCAUGCUGGAGGCGCUCGAAAAGACCUAGGAUACAGGAAGAACAAAUGCCGCCUUUGCGAUCGCCGCAUGAAGAACAGAAUAUCGCCCGAAGCUCUUGCAGCGCUGAAGGUGCUUCAAGGCCCUGGGGCAGCCGUGCAGAUUUCCGUCGAUAGCACUACCGAGACCCUCAAGCUGAACUACAUAAAGAACGAACUAUCCCCGAUAGAUGUUGCAGCAAACGUACCAACCGACAAGCCUAGUUUCACCUUCUACCGUCACCCCGCCACUCAUCUACUCUACUUCAUCUUCCACUCGCCCGACCAUGCCACAGUGCAGCAACGUAUGAAGCACACAAUGGCCAUACCUGGUCUCAUCAAUGUCCACGCUCAAGACCAAGACGUGCAUGUAGACCAGAAGAUUGAGAUUCAUGAACCGGACGACUUGGUCUUUGGAGCCAGAGACGAGCGCAUCGGCAGGUUCAGAAGCGUGUAUCUGAGGAACGGGUUUGACGGGACGGAGAGCACGUAUGAUGGUUUAGAAGCCGACAAAGCUUUUUACGACGGGAUCAAGUAG